AAUAUAUUUGAGCAAAGAAAGUUGAUCGAAUCAAACAUCAAAGAACAACCUCAAAUCAGCACAAGUGGCCACCAGAUGAAGGAUCAAGUUUGGAUUUUUAUUCCCCGCACGGAGUAAGCAAACACAUGCAGGAGGCAAAUAUGGAGAUCUUAUGAAAUGCAACUUCGGUAAGUUUUAAAUUUGUUUAAACACAUAAAUAUAGUCUAGAAUUUGAGGACUCAGUGGUUGGAAAAAACGUUAUUUUUUUGUGCUUCUACAGGGUCUGCAAAGUUGUAACGUUAAUUAUCUCACUGUGGCACGUGAGAUGGAGUCACUAUUUUAUCAUUUGUUACAGUUGUCUUUUUUUGUUGUUUUUUUUGUCCAAAGUUUAUUGAAGAGGGUAAAAUUUUAAAAUUAAAUGUUAAAGGGAGCUUGUUGAAGCUUUGGAAUAAAUGUACAAUACAUGAUGAAUAUUGCAGUGAGAAUUUUUAGAUACAUUGUAUACAAAAAAUAUAGAUAUAAAAUAUAGACAAAACGUAUUUUUUUUAAAUAACACCUUUAAUUCAUUUUCGGGAAAACAUCUGUACAUAAGUGUAAUAUUGUAAAAUAAUUUAGCUUUAAAUUAAAAUUGGAAGCCAUUGUAAUCUAAAAUGCCUGUUUUCCUGUAAACUGGAAGUUAACAGUUUACAAUAAAGCUGUUAACUUUUCUGUAAGUAAACGUGUAAGUUAACGGUUCUGUAAAUUCAUUUUGGCAGUGAAGGAGACACUAACGGUUGGAGCUCUUAACGGAAGCUGAUAUUCGAGUGGAAGCGCCAGUCCUCCGGAGAUGUCGGAAAGUCGGUCUGACACGCUCUCAUUUGACAAUCAAGAAAUGGCGAGAGUUCUUGUAACAACAUUCAAAAAUGAAAAAGAGACUUCGAAAAACAUUUUCAGUGUUUCAACUGCCAGCAAUCUUGUUGAGGAGAUUCUUGCCAACCAUUCUGGAUUUUUGCUGGACAGGCUACAGAAAUUUAAUUCUGACUUCUUGGAGUACAUUGAUGUUGACAUUAAUGUUGAAAUUAAGGACUUGGACAGAUUCUACGUGUUUCUAUCAACUGGAGGGCCCCUGGUAGAAGUGUCUCGUGAGGAGCAAAUUCCAAACCAGCCCCAUGCUAAUUCAGGAGAAGACGGUCAGACCCAUACAGGAGAAGACAGUGAGCCUCUAAAAUCGCUCCUAAUGAAAAAAGCACCACAAAUCUUUGAGGAGUAUGAAAACACAGGCUUCCUGUCAGGGAAGUCAAGAAAAUGUAUAGUGAAAAUGUGCGUGGGAGACCUAGUUCAGAGGUGUGGUUAUUAUCCUCUUAGUGGAGACAAGUUAGCCUUAGCGAAGAGCAUCAUUACCAUCUUCCCAUCUCUGAGUAUCCAGGUGGCUGGAGAAGGGGAGGGAUUUGAGCAUUUCUAUGAUCCAGCAUCCCACAGUGGAUUCAUUGAGAUAAAAUUGCGUAACCUUCGGCGGAAUCUACAACAACAUGAAAGACGCUACAGAAAGCGAAAAGUAACCAGUUACCCGGAGGAUGCACAAACAUCCAGUGCAACCGAGACCGAAAAUGAUAAUACCAUGAAUGAAUGGGUAACCUUGAUCAAGAGAUUGCGGCCCUCUUCGGAAAACCUUUCAGUAAUAAAGUCUGGGAUGGAAAAAACAUUCACACAGCGCAGAGCAUGGAUUACAAGGGAAUCGCCCACACUUGCAGAAAUAUUGCGUGAAUAUCCACGAUUUAUGGACAUGCCGAGUCUGCUGGACUCAGAGUUUGGAAGGUUGACAGGUGAAAAGACAGACCUUUUCCUUCGUAGAUGGGAGACCAACAUCAUGCCAAAACUUAGAGUUGUGGCUGCCAUGGAACCUGGACUCAGCACUCUUUUGAGAGGAUUUGAAAACAUGACUGAAGAGGAGGCUUGUUACAGAACACUCGUGGUACUAACACACCUUCUGCCCCCUGUUAGUGGAAGACAAUGUAGCGUCAAGGAUACAAUAACACACCUUCUAGAUUUUGUGCCGACUGGAACAAGAAUAGCAUCCCUCUGCAAUGAUUCUGCUACUUCAUCAACAAACCAUCAGCCCCAGCUCAUCUGCAUCGGUAAUCUGCGGUCGUCAAAGCAGUAUGUCAUCGUUGCAAAAAAUGACAAAGUCACCAUCCCCCUGGACGAUGGACUCACAUGUGCUGUGGACAAGCUUUUUAAGCUGUACUGGGUGUUUAACUUGUGUUAUCCAUCCCAACUCGGACCUGUCUUUACAUUUUUUGAGUACAUCUAUGAACUUCCAUUCUCCACACAAAGAAAAACAAGGGUGAUUGAAUUGAUUGCACAACUUAAAGCUUGUAAAUGAAAUGUAUUGUUGUCCAAAAUGUAGACAAACUGGUUUCAAAGAGGUGAAAAAUCUCCUAUGGCACCUCCGUGAAAUACACUGCUUAUCAGAUGGACAGAAUAUAAAAAUUAGAUGUGCUCAGGAAAAUUGUCCAAGAACAUAUUAUAACUUGAAUUCAUUUACUAGGCAUCUACACAGAGUACAUUUUAAGAUGGGUACAAAAGAUAUGCCUGUUGUGCAAUCCUUGUUCCCAAGCGAGGGUUCAAACAGUGGAGAACAAACUCAUACUGAUAAUUUGGAUACACCCAAUAUUAUGGUUGCAGCUCCACAAUCAGAAAAUUACAUUGAGCUCAGUAAUUGUGCAGCAUCUUUUGUUUCCCAGAUGUAUUCAUCUUCAAAUGUAACUUUUUCUGAUGUCAUGAAAAAUGUGAACUGUGCAAAGGAGCUAAUUACUAGAACUGUAGACAGGUUGCAGCAAUCAACUACAACUUUGUUGAAUAGUUUGCAAGUACCUGGUGACAGUGAUACUUUGAUGAAAGAGUUUGAAGAUGCCAAGCACAUAUUUGAUGAUCUUGACACACAAUAUAAAAUAAAAAAAUGUUUUGCGAAGUUUUCACUUGUCAAACCAAAGGAAAUAUUUUUAGGUCACAGAUCUGAUACAGCAAGAAAAAAUGGUCAAAUAAACCAAGUUUUAGUCGCAGACACAUUCCAGUACAUAUCAAUAAUUGAAACCUUAAUGUUUUUAUUUGAACAUGAAGAAAUGCAGGCCCUCUUUCUUUUGGAGAACAAGAGCACAGACGAUAAUCUGCGUGACUAUUGUGAUGGCUCACAUUUCUCUACACAUCCACUGUUUCAAAAGUCUCCCAAUGCUUUGCAAAUACAACUUUACUAUGACGAUCUGGAGACAGCAAACCCUUUGGGAUCAAAAACAAAAAUACAUAAGCUUGGAGCUAUGUAUUUUACCAUAAGGAAUUUACCAACCAGCUGCAAUUCAACACUUGCAAAUAUUCAUUUAUGUCUUCUGUUCAACUCAAUUGACAGAGAGGUAUAUGGAUUUGACAAGAUUUUGCAGCCACUUUUAGAGGACUUGAAACUUCUUGAAGAUGAUGGUAUAACAUUAAAGUUAAAUGGACAAAACCAUCACAUUUAUGGGACUGUCUGCUUGUUAACAGCAGAUAACCUUGCACUGCAUACUCUUGGUGGUUAUUUGGAAAGUUUUUCUUCAAAUAAAUUUUGUCACUUUUGUAUGAUUGACAAAGCAGAUGCACAGGGUAUCUUUGAUGAGGAUAAAGUGGAGCUGCGAACAAAACAAAAUUAUCAGGACCAUGUUGAACUACAUGAACCUAGCAAAACAGGUGUGAAAGGAGACUCUUGUUUGAAUAAACUGCGGUAUUUUCAUGUAACAGAAAACUCAAGUGUUGAUGUCAUGCAUGAUGUUCUUGAAGGUGUAGCCCCCCUAGAGGUUAAACUAAUGCUGCAACAUUUCAUUCAUGUGGAAAAGUUAAUUACAUUGGAAGAACUGAAUGACAGAAUUUCAGGUUUUCAUUAUGGAAGUGCAAAUGUAAAAAAUAAGCCAAGUGUCAUAUUGAAUCUGAGAGCUAGCGAGAAUCCUGUAAAACAGUCGGCUUCUCAAAUGUGGUGUCUUUUGCUCGCCUUGCCCUUUUUACUUGGAGAUCUUGUGAACAGAAAGAGUCAACACUGGAAAUUACUUGUUUUAUUAAAUGAGAUCUGCAGCAUUAUUUUUGCACCAGUGGUUACCAAAGGGCUUGCUGUGUUUCUAAAACAAUUGAUAAUUGAGCAUCAUACUCUUUUCAAGCAGCUGUAUGAGAAAAAUCUCACACCGAAACAUCAUUUUAUGAUACAUUAUCCAAGGAUAAUGGCUCGUUUUGGACCUCUGUCUAAACUUUGGUGCAUGCGAUUUGAAGCAAAGCAUAAUCCAUUCAAAAGACUUGCACAUGUUAUGUGCAACUUUAAAAACGUUUCAAAGACAUUGGCUUUCAAACACCAGGUACAACAAAUGUAUCACUAUAAACAUUGCUCUCUCAUCUCUAAGAAAGUCAGUGUGACCAAUGCCUAUCUUGUCAUUCUGGGGUCACUGGACAAAUCUGAGCUCUUGUUAAAUCAGUUAAUGUUAGCUCUAAAAACUGACAUGUCUUUAGCCACGAAAAUAUAUCUGUCUCACAGUCUUAAUGUGUAUAGUCAAAUCUACAUAACUGGCUCCAUUUUGUCAUUGAGAGCAGAUUACCGAAAAGAACCUGUAUUUGGUGAAGUUGUUCAUUUUCUGGCACAUAAUGACUCCAUUUUUAUCUUUGUUCAAAUACUAAAUGUAAUAUACUUUGAUGAUCAUUUUUAUGCAUAUGUAGUACAAAAAACUAGUGAUUAUGAAUUGAUCACGCUUGCAGAUAUUUGUGAUUUCCAUCCUUUAGAUGUUAUGACGAGUUUUGGUAACAGAAAGCUGUAUGUGGCACCAAGAUACAAAAUAUUGUAUUUUGAUCCAUGAUUGUUCGGUAUUGAAAAUGGAAGUUUAAAUUUGAGUGGGAUUGAAAAUCUCACGAAUGUUGAAAGGGACAGGAAUUUAUUUUCAUUUCUUUUUCAUGAUGUUUGUCAUUAUUUUCAUCCAUGUUCUCUUUUGCACAUGUUAUUGUAUUUAAAAGUGCUAUUUUGUUAGCUUGGUGAUUUCAAUUUCUAUUUUAAUGUUUUAAUAUUUGAACUAUAAAUUGUAGCUGUGUCAACUUUGCUAUUUGCAUGAUUGUAAUAAAAAAAACUCUAAUAUCCACAAUUUGAAAUGUCAAUUUUUAUAAGCUCUAAUCUAUAAAAAGUACAUUCUACACAUUUGUGUUUCAAAAUAACACAUCUUGACACAUAUUUUGUGUUGAUUUAAGUGACACAAUACUUGUGUUAAAAUGACAGACACAAAAAUUGUGUUACAAAUAACACGUCAUGUGUUGUCCUUGAGCUGAUGCGGCACAUGUGUUAAAAUUUAACACAUCAUGCGUUGUUUUUAACACAUCUGUUCUAAGAGAGUAGAAUAGCUUUGUAAUUCACACAGAGAUGGAAUCUACUGUCUGUAUUUGGUGACUUCUAAAAACAACUAGUUGUUCUGGAUUUGCUUUACGGGUAUCAGAGGAAAUGAGGCUAAAUAUAAUGCAUGCCAUGCUUUUCAGUUUUUCCUAUUUGUAAGAAAUGUUUUUCUUCCUCUUCAAAAUUAUGGACUACUUUGUGUUGGCCUAUUUCAUAAAAUUCCCAUUACAUACAUUGAAAUUUGUUGUUGUAACAUGACAAAAUAAAAAAAAAAACAAAUAUACACCAUAGACCC